UUGUUUUGUCAGCAUUCGCGAAAGUACAUUCGUGUUUCAUUUUUCAAAUCCCAGAUUAAGUGAAAAAGUUAUCCUAAUUUUUGAAUAAGCUAUAAUGUUACAGGAGUGCCUAACAUGUGCCACCGAAGAACAGAAUUGUAUGCUACUGAAAGCAGAUCAAACGGAUGUUUGGGAAGUGUUGCAGCAGCAUUUUUGGUUUAAAAUUGACGACUGUUGCAACCAAUUUCUAUGCGAUGUUUGUUGGAGUAAAAUUUCCAAUUUUCAUCAAUUUUUUUGUGAGGUUCAAAGUCGCUGGAACCAAAAGCUUGAUUUGAAAAUAGAACAGAGUCUCGAGGCGAGACAAACUUGCGAAGCCUCUGCCACAGACAUUGUUUUUGCUUGUGAAUUGAUUAAACCCGAACCUGUAGAUGAAACUGGAAGCUGUAAUGGAACUGCUGUAGGCCAGAAUCGAUGUGAUGCAGAUAGUGAGCAAGAAGCGUCUCCCGAGAAGCAGAAGGAUAGUUCAGCCGAAGAGUCCUCAAUUCCGAUAAAAGAAAGACUUCUUUGUACCCGCAGAAAAAAGCGAAAACGGCUUACAAAUAAACAAGACACGCUUUCGCAGUCUAAGAUUAAGUAUUCUUGCGACACAUGCAAUCCAAGUAGAACGUUCAAAUAUGACGACGAUCUUCAAGUUCAUACUGCCAUCUACCAUGCCAAAGAGGAGGAUAAGGUCCACAAAUGCAAUCAAUGCGAAAAGUCGUUCACAACUGAAUGGCAGCUCUCCGGUCACCAAAGUUGGCACGAGAGUGUGAAAAGUUUAGGAAUUUCCUGUGAACAAUGCAACAAGUACUUCAUUACGAUGCGAAUCAAAAACGCUCAUAUGCGGGCACAUCAUACGACGCCACAAUCAGCAAAAGCAAAGUCUCCUGACGAGUCCACCGAAAGCCAACUAGACAAACUGGACGAGACGGCUGGUGCGUCAAGAAAGAAACCUGCGGAAAAAGUUCUCGAGGAGGAUUCCUUAAUCCGACGCUUUUGCAAGCUACUCUGUGCAAUAUGCGGCAGCAGGAGCGAUAGCUUUUCGAUGCUGUGGAAACACUUCAAAACGCAACACAAACAGCACGGGUACGCGAUUUGCUGUGGGCGAAAGUUUAAGCGAAAACAAAUGCUGUACGAUCACUGUCUGCUGCACAUAGAUCCAAAGAGUUUCCGGUGCGAGGAAUGCGAUAAAACUUUCAAAAACCAUGAAGCGCUGGAAAAGCAUAACCAAUGGGUUCAUACACCCGAUUCGGAAAAACCUUUCAAGUGCAGUAUCUGCGAUGUAGCGUAUUUCAAAAUAUUCCAUUUGCGAAACCACAUGAAGUACCAUAUCGCUCUGGAGCAGAAAACUUUCCUCUGUCAAGAGUGUGAUAAAUCCUUCGGGACCAGCCUGCUGUUGCGAAGCCAUCAGCAGAAAAUCCACGGAGCCCCCAGUAGCUUGGUGUGCGAAAUUUGCGCCAAAGGGUUCGUGUAUCAAUCGCUGCUAGAGAAGCAUCGUUUGACGCAUUCCGCUGAGGGUGUCGCAAGCCUAAAAGUUCAAUGUGAGCACUGUGGCAAAUGGUCAAAAUCGAAGGAACUUUUGCAAAAUCAUCUGAAGCGAUGUCAAGCCAGCGGUCCGGUGAUUUGCGAUAUUUGCGAAAAGAAAAUCGCUAAUAAACCUGCUCUGUUGCGACACAAACGGGAUAUGCAUCGGGACCGGCCGGCACUGUUGUGUAAAUUUUGCGGCAAAGCGUACAGGCAGGUGAUUCGUUUGAAGGAACAUGAAGCCGCUCACAGGGGCGAAAAUCUGUACAGUUGUCCGUACUGUUCCAUGAAGUGUAAUUCGAGCGCUGUGAUGCACGCACAUAAAAAAACGGUGCACGCUGAACUUUGAGCGGAUCGCAUGAGAAAAAGGUUCUACGAGCGGUGAAUUUUUCGUUUGGAAUUUUGUUUUGAUUGGUACACUGAAGACCAGUAUUAUCUACAAUAAUAUACGGUACAAAGGUGAUGAAAUAGUUAUUGUUAAAAAGAUACUGUAUUAAGAUAAUCUACAAAAAAAAAACCUUUUUGCAAAAUUGAAGGAUAAAGUUCCUCUGACGAGCGUUCUCGAAUUUACGAGGUCCUGUAUAAGAAUCACCUUGCUAAUUUGUGUCAGCUCACUAAAAUCAGUGGUGCGAAUGGCAAGGAGUGUUUUGAAAAACUAUUGCAUAACGUAACAAUACACGUCUCAUCUGUUCUUAUCAAAUAUGUACAUU